UCCUCGAAGCUCAAAACCGCCUUAUCCAGUCUCAUCGCAGAUCAGUCAUAGAUACCUGCGCGAAUACUUGCCAGCUCUCGAGAUCUCGUAGCAAAGAUAUCGAUAUGUCUAUCCAAGAUGGAUAUAUGAGGAAAGGGUCCUGUCGCAUGUUCUUUGCGAGCGGCUCUACAUGCAUGGAAGCAACCGAUACGUCUGGCCCAGCUAGUUAUAAUGACAGCACCGCAGCGUCGACAGACAGCCUCGACAUUCGCAUUCCUCCUAGCAGUUAGAGUGCGUUGAGCAGUGCCGGACGACAUGAAUAAUUCUACGGAUUGCACAGACUUCUUCACUCAGAAUACCGACAUCACCGGGAUCGGCACUAGGUUGGCGUUCUAUCUGCAGGUCAUAAUCGUUGUUGUGCAGAUGAGGCUGCAAGAGGAAGAGGGAUGGAAUGCUUUCUGGACGCUCGCGUCUAUGAGCUUCGGGCUCAUGCUAGCGGCGGUUGUGUCAGCUGCCCAGCACCAGCUCUCGUUCUUCAAUGCCUAUCAAGUCCAGAACCUUGUUUGCCUUGCAAACUGCGCACUAGUCUCAGUCGCCCACGCCCAAGGGCGGAUGUUGGCGAACGACCCUUUUCGCAAGAAAAAGAUUAGAGAAAAGAUGCUCUCCUUAUUCUAUUGGAUACAGUGCAUACUUGCGGGAAGCCUGCUGGUCACUCUAUGGGCCAUUGGCGAGAAGUUCGGACUAGAAUCGUCCUGCAUUCCCUCCAUGCAUUUUUAUGUCGCCUAUUGGCGCAUAUACAGCUCGAAUCCGUUCCACAGUGCCAAGGCCGCGGCCUUCGCGACCUACGUUUUGCUCAUUUUGGUUGGCAUGCUAGCCAACCUGCUUAUCCGCCAGUGGUUCCGCGGGCGUGUUAGGGAAGAGGAGGCAAACGGGUCCACCACGAUAAGAGACAGGUGGAUUCAAGCUCAAAGCGCGGCGCACAGGACACAACCGCUCAGUGACAGACCGGACAAGGUGCAAAGCUGGGUCAACUACGUUGCACACUUUUUUAUCGGGGCGAACUUUUUUCUCCCUCCCAUUGAGCUCUCACUCCGGCAGAACUCUCAGCCCGCGAGCGUCAACGCGCAGUGGACAUUUGGGCAGAUACUGGCGCUCGUGGCUGUGACUCCCUGCCUGGUCUCGCUGAUCAUCACCAUCGCUGAUUUCAAGGCAGAGCGCGCCGCCUUGCGGGCGAAGGCCCGCGAGCCUUAUCUCAGAGACGACGCUGAAAGAGGGGUCUCUGAUGGUGACUCAGCAAAGAAGGCGGGUUCGGAGGAUCCUGAAGGACCGCGUUCUUAAUAUAGUAGAGAAAGACGAUGUCUACUGAAUGCCAGUGGACGUGUAGAACGGAUAAAUGCUGUAGCAUGUACAGCAUGCCAUGCCAUCGUAUCAGUACUAAGUUGUACAGUGGCAAGGGCUCUGUCUGUUUAGUAUUUCC